CUCCACUGGAGCCAGUUUUUUUUUUCUUUUUCCCUCGACAUCUGCCUUCCUGUCUUAGCCCACUCUGCACAGAACUAGUUGCAAGAACAAGCUCAAUUUUCAUCUUAGCUGGGCCAUUCUUACUAUUUUCUUCACCAUGAUUUUCCAAGCUCUUUUUGAUUGCAUGGACUUUACCGGCUGGCUUCUCUUAGGGUUUGUAUUCCUGCUGAUAUUUGAUGUUGUGAAAAACGGGAGGCCUUCUAACUUUCCACCCGGACCCUGGGCUGCACCUUUUGUAGGAAACAUCUUCACGCCGUUGGACUACAAAACAAUGGAUAAGGUUUCAAAGGAGUACGGUCCUGUGUUCAGCGUGAGAAAAGGCAGUGAGAGGCUGGUGUUUGUCUCUGGACUCAAGAUGGUCAAAGAGGCUCUUAUCAACCAGCUGGACAGCUUCGUUGAUCGGCCCAUUGUUCCCCUUUUUCACGUUACCUUCAAGGGCCUUGGUAUAGCUCUGAGUAAUGGGUACUUGUGGAAGAAACAGAGGAAGUUCGCCAACUCUCACCUUCGCUACUUUGGAGAGGGACAGAAAACUUUAGAAAAGUACAUAGAAGUGGAGUCCAACUUUCUUUGCGAAGCCUUCAAUGAUGAGCAAGGAAGGCCAUUUAACCCCCACUACAUCUUGACAAACGCCGUGAGUAACAUAAUCUCAUCUGUGGUCUUCGGACAUCGAUUUGAGUACUCGGACCCAAGCUAUCAGGAAGUCCUGGAGCUGGACAAUGAAGCCGUUAUUCUUGCUGGUUCCCUUCGGACUCAGCUGUUUGACGUCUUCCCUGGACUGAUGAAGCACCUGCCGGGGCCUCACCAGACUGUGCAUGCCAACUACAGGAAGAUCCUGGUCUUUUUGGAAAAAGAGAUAGAGAAGCACAAGGAGGAGUGGAAUCCAGACGAUCCUCGGGAUUAUAUCGACGUCUACUUGUCAGAGAUGGAGAAGAAAAAAGAGGAUCCCCAGGCUGGCUUCAACACUGAAACGCUGCUGGUUAGCACUCUUGACCUCAUUGAGGCUGGAACAGAAACCACUGCCACCACAAUGCGCUGGGCCCUUGUGUUCAUGUUGCACUACCCAGAGAUACAGGAGAAGGUCCAAGCAGAGAUAGACAGAGUGAUCGGGCAGUCUCGUCAGCCCACCAUGGCCGACAGGCCGAACUUGCCCUACACCGACGCCGUCGUCCACGAGGUUCAGAGGAUGGGAAAUAUCGUUCCCAUGGGAUUUCCUAAAAUGGCGAGUAAAGACACAACACUGGGAGGAUACUUCAUUCCUAAGGGAACAUAUAUGACGACAAUGCUGGCAUCUGUGCUGUUUGAUAAGAAUGAGUGGGCGACUCCAGAUGUCUUCAAUCCCGAGCAUUUCUUGGAUUCAGAGGGCAAGUUUGUCAAGAGAGAUGCUUUCUUGCCGUUUUCAGCAGGUAAACGUAUGUGUUUGGGGGAACCCCUGGCCAAAAUGGAGCUCUUCGUCUUCUUCUCAGUUUUGCUGCAACGUUUCACCUUCGCCCCGGUUCCAGGAGAAAUGCCCAGCCUGGAGGGCGUGAUGGGCUUCACUCAUUCCCCUGAGGAGUACAGAUUCCUGGCUGUGCCGCGCUAACAUGUGUUUCACGUACUUCUCAUUGGGACAACAAUGAUUAAAAAUGUUUGUAUUGGUCUGAUGAUGUCUUCAAUCAUAAAUGUCAGGUUUUUUACUGGCUGUACACAGGAAAUCCUCAUAAUUUACUGAAAUAAAGCUUUACUGAAUUUGACUAAAUAUGAUAACAUUUGGUAGUUUGAAGUGUUAAUAGAAGAAACACAAAAAUACGUGGAUCAAAACUCUACUUGUUUUUUGAUAUAAAAACCUUAGUAACAUGGGGUUUCUUCAUCUGUGUCGAGCCAGAAAGGUUUAUGAUGCAUCGCCCUGGUGCUUCAUUAAUCUGUCCUACAUCCCUGUACGUUUGUGAAAAAUAUAUUCUUCUUGUAAAUGAAAACCAUAUCUUAGUCAUGCUACACAAGCAGCUCUGUGAAGUUGGUUCUGUAUCUUUAAAUGACUCAGAUUUGCUGCUGCAUGAGAGUAAUGUUCAGCGGUCUGCAAAGCAAUUAAUCAUGAUAAGUGUUUUGUGUUCUGGGGUCACGUAAGCACAAUCUAGUGUUCGCUUUAACAGUAAUUUGGAGAAUGUUAAAAAACAAAACUGAAAAAAACUAUUGAGAGAGCAUUUUGGGAAGUAUUUAGAUUGUAAUUUGCAGAUGAUGUUUCAUGUUCCUCUCAUUUCAAGACAAUUGUAUAACAGCUUAACAUCAAACCAAAGAGAGAAGGGAGAAUGUUGCAAGAUGCCGAUAGAUAAACUUUUCAUUCUUUUAAUGUAAUAAAGUGCUUAGAAUAUGAA